AUGCCGUUUCAGCCAGCUGCCCACGAUGGUGUCGCCCACUGUUUCUCGCCCGGCCUGUUGGCUUUCGAGCACAGACCUGCCAAUGCCUCAGCAGCCACCAACACCAACGUGCUGAUCUGGGUUGGCGGCCUCGGCGACGGCCUCCUCACCGUCCCAUACCCCACCGCCAUCGCCUCCAAGCUUCCCCCCAACUGGAUCCUCGCCCAACCGCUCCUCAGCUCCUCCUACGCCGGAUGGGGAACCUCGAGCCUCGUCCGCGACGCCGACGAGCUCGCCCAGUGCGUCAAGUACUUCCGGGAGCGGCGCGGGCCCGGCGCCAAGAUCGUCGUCAUGGGCCACAGCACCGGAUGCCAGGACGCGAUCGAGUACGUGUCGUCGCCGUCCGACCCGUCCGCCGCCGCUUCCAGGACCCCCCUCGACGCCGUCAUCCUGCAGGCGCCCGCCAGCGACCGCCAGGCCAUGCUGCAGUCGUUGGGGAAAGCUAGUUUCGACGCGGCGAACGACGUAGCGCGGCAGUACGUGGAAGAUGGCCGUGGUGAGGAUGUCUUGCCGUUCCGCGUCACGGAGAAGGAUUUCAAGAAAACGCCCAUCUCGGCACGGCGCUGGCUGGCGCUCGCUUCGCCGGAUAAGAAGGGCGCGGAUGACUUCUUCAGCGAUGAUUUGCCGGAUGAGAGCUUGAAGAAGACGUUUGGUGCUGUGCCCAAGGGUUUGGGCGUGUGUGUCCUUUACUCUGGCAGCGAUGAGUUUUGUCCAUCAAGCGUGGACAAGGGGGGGCUGGUCAGGAGGUGGAGCGGGUUUGUGAAGGAGGCGGGAGGUGUGUGGGAAGAGGAGUUUGGAGGCGUUGUGCCAGGUGCCACUCACAACCUGAAGGGGAGUUCGGAAACGGUUGUCAGCGAUUUAUGCCGGAGAGUUGUCGGGUUCCUGCAAAAGGUGGAGAAGGGUGAGGCCGCGCAUCUGUAA